CUCGCUCUACACCCUCCCUCUCUGUCGUCCUCCCUGCUUCCCUCUUCGCCUACAGUAGAGCUAUCUAUCUUCAACUCGCAUCGCACUCAGCACUGUCAGUACUGGGAUCCAGGCGCUAUCAUGGCGCAGCGCGUGGCACGUCUGCGUCCGAGGGGAACCGUUCUUACCCUGCGCCCGUAUUGGGCUCUGAUAUUUGCCUCUGCCUGGAUGGCAUUGUCAACGGAACCGGCUCUUUGUGACAGCGGCGGAUUUUUGAAACGCAGCAGCGGAGGGGAUCGUGCGCUUGACAGUGGUGCGACUGACGACGUCGGAGGUGGAAUGCCGUAUCUGCCGGGAUUCAUCCAUCAGGACGCUGACCCGGGUGGAGCGGCGGUCCCCCGGCGUCUCAGAAGAGCGGCGGUCCGGGAUAAAGUCUCAUUGCUCAGCAGCUCGUUCGUGCUCAAGGGAGAUGCCACGCACAACCAGGCGAUGGUACACUGGACGGGCGAGAACAGCAGCGUCAUCCUCAUCCUCACCAAGUACUACCAUGCCGAUUCCACCAAGGUGCUGGAGAGCUCCAUCUGGAGGUCCAGUGAUUACGGCACCACCUACACCAAGCUGAAUCUGAUGGCAGGAACAACCAUCAUUGUUACCAACUUCUACAUCUGUCCCAGCAAUAAGAAAAAGGUGAUCCUGGUGAGCCACAACAUCAACGAGGCAGAGCACAUGCUGUUCAUCAGCACCGACGAGGGCUCCUCCUUCCAGCGGCAGCCCCUCAACUUCAGGGUGGACACGCUGCUCUUCCACCCCAAAGAGGAGGACAAGCUGCUGGCCUACAGCAAAGACGCUAAGCUCUACGUUGCCAGCGAUUUGGGACGCAAAUGGACACUGCUACAGGAGCGGGUCACCAAGGACCACGUGUUCUGGUCUGUCCCUGAGGUAGACGUGGAUCCUGACUUGGUUCAUAUGGAGAUGCAGGACACAAGUGGAGGUUUCCUCUAUGUGACGUGUCUGAUCCAGAACUGCUCCGAUAAGAUGGUGACCGCUCAGUUCCUGGGGAAAAUCGAUCGCGACUCCCUGACCGUACAAGACGAGUACAUAUUUGUGAAGGUGACCACAGGAAACCGGACCAAGCAUUACGUCUCCUUCAAGAGGAACGAGUUUGUCCAGAUGCGGUUCCCCAAGUACGCCCUGCCCAAGGACGUGCAGAUCGUGAGCACGGAUGAGAACCAGGUCUUCCUGGCGCUGCAGGAGUGGUACCAGACGGACACGUACAACCUGUACCAGUCGGACCCGCAGGGCGUCUACUACUCCAUCGUCCUGGAGAACGUGCGCAGCACCAAGCAGCCCGAGGAGAGCGUGCUCAUCGACAUCCUGGAGGUCCGAGGGGUCAAAGGUGUCUUCCUGGCCAAUCAGAAAGUGGAGGGCAAGGUGAAAACCCUCAUCACCUACAACAAAGGGCGGGACUGGGAGUCGCUGGCUCCGCCCACCAUUGACAUGAACGGCAAACCAGUGACGUGCAAGCCGCCUGACUGUCAGCUCCACCUUCAUCUGCGCUGGGCGGACAAUCCCUAUGUUUCUGGAACGGUCCACACCAAAGACUCGGCCCCUGGCCUCAUCAUGGGCGCAGGUAACAUGGGUUCCCAGCUGGUGGAGUACAAAGAGGAGAUGUAUGUCACCUCGGACUGUGGCAGGACAUGGAGACAGGUGUUUGAGGAGGAGCAUCACAUACUGUACCUUGAUCACGGCGGAGUCAUCGUUGCCAUUAAGGACACAUCCAUCCCACUCAAAAUCCUCAAGUUCAGCAUUGACGAAGGACGCACGUGGAGCGUCCACAACUUCACCAGCACAUCCGUGUUUGUGGACGGUCUCCUCAGCGAACCGGGAGACGAGACACUUGUCAUGACGGUGUUUGGCCAUAUCAGCUACCGGUCUGACUGGGAGCUGGUGAAGGUGGAUUUCCGUCAGUCCUUCCCCAGGCAAUGCACAGAGGCUGACUAUGACUCCUGGAAACUCACAGACCAGCAGGGAGAGAAGUGCAUCAUGGGCCAGGAGCGGACUUUCAGGAAGAGGAAAGACACUUCCUUCUGCAUCAAGGGGAAGAGCUACACGUCGUCGCUUACCUCCAAACCCUGCCAGUGUACAGAGAAGGACUUCAACUGUGACUAUGGGUUUGAGAGAGCCCAAAGUCUGAAGGCCGAGGGUGACCGUUGCUUCGCUGAUUUCUGGCACGACCCUGAUGCUCCGCCCGAAGAUUGCCACAUAGGACACACCUACGAGUCCAGCACAGGGUACCGUAAGGUGAUCUCAAACCUGUGUGAGGGGGGUGUGAAUAAACAGCAGAGCGCUAAGCAGCACACCUGCCCCCUGCUGCCACCGGCUCAGCUGCAGCUCGGCAUCAAGGGACAGAUGCUGGCCGUGGCGCCCGGUGAUGACAUCACCUUCAUCGUCCAUCAGGAGCAGGGCGACACCAGCAACACUAAAUACCAGGUGGACCUGGGGGACGGGGUGCGGGCCAUCUACCAGAACCUGACCGUGACGGACGAGCCCAUCCAGCACCGCUACGAGAGCCUGGGGGUCUACCGCGUCACCGUGAGGGCCGAGAACAACGCCGGCCACGACCACGCCACCCUCUACAUCCAGGUCACAGCUCCUUUACAGGAAGUGCACCUGGAAGUGGUUCCUAUUGCUGGUAAAAACCAGGAAGUGAACCUGACUGCCACGGUGCUUCCUGCAGAGGCUAACCUGACUGUCUUCUACUGGUGGAUUGGUGAUGACCUGCAGCCCAAACUCACCCUGGAGAGGACUCUGCUCACGCGGUUCACCGAGCCUGGUGAGGUGUCCGUCACCGUCCAGGCCUCCAACGGCCGCUCCAUGGUGCAGGACACCAAGACCGUGCGUGUGUACGACCAUUUCCAGAUGAUUCCGCUAAGCUUCAGCAAGAACCUGGAUCGCUUCAACCCCAACAUCCCAGAGUGGAGGGAGGACAUUGGCCAGGUGGUCACCAAGAUCCUAGCCAAGAACACUGGGAUUCCGCAAGAUUCUCUGGUUACCAUGGUGAAACCUGGCCUGCCAACCACAGCAGACCUGUAUGUGCUUCCCCCCGAGAGCACGCCAGCCAAGAGGAGUGUGUAUGUGGAUAAGCGUAUCUCCACCAUAACACAGGUGCUGAACGAGAACAACGUGAGCUUCAUAGUGCGGGGAGGCCUUCAGGUGCUGGUAUCCCUGGCCGACCCAAAUGCAGUGUCUUUCAAAGGAGUGGUUGCUAAUGAUUCAACCACGACAGGCGCAGAAAUCGGUUCGCGCUCUGGGGCGGCCAGUCCAGGUGUAUGGGCUCUGGCUGUCAUUCUUCUUCUCAGCCUGGUGGCCAGUGGAGCCUUCAUGCUCUACAAGUUUAAGAGGAAAGACUACAAAUCCCAUGACCCCCUGCUGAGGACAGAGGAGCGCAGCCUAAUACAUCCCUGGCUGCAUUUCAGAAAGCUGCCCGGCAGGAACGUCUACGCCCAGAUGCACAAUGAGAAGGAGCAGGAGAUGACCAGCCCGGUCAGUCAUAGCGAGGACACACAGAACAUCAUACAGGGCGAGGAGUUCAUUGACGACGACCUGGACUCACAGACACUGGGCAACCAUUCGGGCGUGGUCCUGAGCAUCAACUCCAGAGAGCUGCACAGCUACCUGACCAGCUGAUGGGAACCACGGCGGGCGUGGCUUAAAGAGCACUGAGGACUCUGUUGUCUUUUCCUGAAAUCCGAUUGGUUCCCACCCCUUCUCCCCCACCUUCCACUUUUCCCCCACCGAUACAAAGGGGUAAGGGGGGGAAAGGAGGCGCCCUGAACCAGUUUCCGUUCCACCCUUGAACCCAGGGCCUUUCCCUCUCUCUUUCUCUCCCCCCCCCAUCACCUCUUGUGUCCCUCUUGUACUCCUCUCCUCCUUGUGGGGGACAGGAGGUGAUCUUGAUGCCACUCUUUCUCUCACCCCCAACCCCACCCCCCCACGCCCAACCUCACCUCCCCCUUUGGGAGCGUCUGCGUCUCCUCCCAGAAAAAAAAGAGUCUUUGACAUUUCCCUGUCCUCGAGCUGUUCAGCAUGGCCCAAUGGGUGGACCACUGGAGGUCGACUGUGCCACCAAAAUGAUGUUGCCUGAUUGCUUUGCUUUUAUUUGUCAUUCGUCUUAUUUGAUGAACUGUUUUUGUUUUGUCCAGGAUGUCUUUGUACUUUGCAGUUCUUGUGUUCUCUUGUUAUUUUCACUCUGUCUGUUUUCAUUUUGUUAUUUUUGUCUUUCUCUCUGCCUCUCUUUUUAUCUCUCUCUCUCUCUCCCUCUCUAUCUGUCUCUCUCUCUCUCUGAACUCUUUGGCUCUCAUAAUCACCAUUAACUGGUUUGUGGGUUUGUGUUUUGUCAUGAUUUGGGUUAGGUUAGGGUUUCUUACAACGGCGAGUAGCCACUGGAGGAGCAGGUCCUUGCCGGGGGGGGGAAUCUUAGCCAAAGCCUAGCUAGCAGGUGUUAUGCUAACUCACUGUGGUCCUAUCCGAGCACAAACAGGUGUCUUCUGAGUCUGUGGAGGCUAUCACACAGGAACACACAGGGCAAUCCCUCCGUCUAACAGAUGCAGGUUUAUCCUUCCCUUUAUGUCUCUUUCUGUCUUCCUCUCUCCCCUCUCUCUGUCUUCAAGAGGUAAUGUUAGGCCUGUAGUUUUGACAUGACAUGAAAUGCUCUCGCCACUUUAUAUCCGAACAUAAUCUAGCUCCUUGUCUACAAAUGCAAUAAUUCAGAUGGUCACUUUCACUGAGGGGGGAACUGCUCCCUGCAGCACUGUGGCAAAGGCGUAAGUGUCUCUUAUCAGCCACAAGAUGGCGUCAUCGUGCCAUUUUAAAUUGUGCGGUGACGGGCCGUCGUCAGCAAAUACUGUACUGCGCCCUGGCUAUGGGUUGAAAGUGCAGUCGUUGUAAUGAACGUAGAACUUCAUUCUUAUCUGACCAUUGUAUCCCUUUUUCAUAGUUUAUGAUUAAGUGUCUUCAUGAGGCUAAUAUUUUGUACAAUUACAGAUUAGUACCAGCAGGAAGAUCAUGUUGUAGUCAUUUAGCAAUACCAUGCUAAGCCACCAGUCUAAAUUGAUGAAUAUUCCUCUGGCCGUUUUGUUCACUCCUAUUUAUUUUCCCAGCGUGGAUAUUGGUUAUUUCACAUGCCGGAGCUCUAUUCGACUUAACAUCUACUUCCUCAAACAAACAGUGUUAGUGUUGACUUUUUCUCCUCUUUCGUCUUUUCUUUUACUUCCUUCCAUCCCAGAGCACAGAUGUUGCUGCUGUACUAGGGGCCUAUAUUAGGCUGAGCAGAACAUGGAGAGGUUCCCUUUAGUCUGUCUCGUGUAUAUAGCCUAAUGCGUGUAAAUAUAUUAAUAAGAAUAAUUCUGAACAACCACAGAAAAAAAAAAACUCAGACUGACUGUACAUAUCUGAUCACACAGCGUAAAUGUAAUUUCACGUUAAUACCAAAAGGUGCACAUGUUUUAGGGAUGCCCAGCACCAAUGAAACACGACGGAUGCCCAUCACCAAAUGAAACACUACGGAUACACUCACAUUUAGUCACAAACACAUAGUUACACAUCUUUUCACUUCUGUUUUCUUUCGUGUGCCGGUGAAUAAGACCUUCGAAUGGUACAGUUGAUCUUUAGCUUCACUAUGUUUAUCACUGUACAGGCCCUACACAGUAGCGUAGGCUAUGUCGCUGACGUCUCUGACAGACACUCCUGUGCACUUAACGGAGAAGUUAUUUACCGUUUCUUAUUGUGUGAAGAAGACAUUUUCUACAUUAUUUGCUGUAAUUACUGAAUCUUUUAUUGAAACGACACUGCUUUGUCAGUGAAAUUAUGACUGAUGUGAGUAACUCCGCUCUUCAACUGACUGUGGGCAAGUCAGGACAUUGGUUGAGGACACUGCAGACUUGGAGGGGGCGGCCAUUUUGGCUCUGUUGAGAGAUUUACUCAGGAUAAGAGAGUGUCAGUUGCAGUAGCCAGUUUUUUAUCAGAGAAGUGAGAAGUCUCUAUGUAUGGUGGGUGGAUCUGAAGGGGGCAGUGUUUCGAUGGUCUUGACAGGGGUACUUGGAAAAGGUACACAUCUAUUGGGGGUCAUCAGUGACCCAAGUUCAGGCAUAGAAGGAUUUCAUUUACUACAUAAAACAUUACAAAAACUAAAAAAAGCAUUAUUCUAAUAUCUGAUUAUUUGAAAAUGUGUAUUUUGAUUUGUAUUUGUUGACCACACUGCAGGUUCAAAACUGGUAUUUUCUUUUCUCGUAGUUCAUCUCUUUUUGUAUUUGUAUAUGCACAUGUUAGGCUUGUUCUUAGUUUUUUACUUAAAGUGGUGUGCUGUCUGUGGUCUUCACCUCCUGUCACUCUAAAGAUGGUGUGUGUGGGUGUGUGUGUGCGUGUGCGUGUGUUGGGGGUGGGAGGGAAACCACAAGAGUCGGACAUUUUGUGAAGAGACGGUCACUGUUGCUGUCACAAAACACCCACCAUGUGAUGAUGACUGCACAGAUAUUUUAUUGAUGCUGUUUUACUCGUUUUCUGAAUUUGUUUUUGAUUACUUGUUUUGGUUUGUAAAUGUUUCUAUGAAGAAUCCUGCCAUGGAUACGCUUAGUGCACUUAACCAGUGUUCCGGAUUGAGACACCUUCAUAACUGUAUUGGUUUGUUCUAAUAAUGAUUUGAUUGGUUCAAUAAAGACUUAACAUUCUUCUGGA